CAGCGUCCACGCUGUGCUGUUUUGAUCGUCACGCGCGUGGCUCGGAAAGGAAGGAAGACAGUCAUACACAAAUGGGAUGGCAUGAGGUGCUCGUGCGAUGCUCUGAUGUUCCCGACACCUCUGUAUUCGCAUGCGGGCCGCGGCUGUUUCUCAGAUGUGUACGAGCCCGCUGAAGACUCGUUUCUGCUUAUAGAUGCUCUGGAGAAAGAUGCCGAAAGACUGAAACAAAGCAGGCCAUCGGUGUGUCUGGAGGUAGGCAGCGGAUCUGGUGUUGUGUCUGCUUUUCUGGCGUCUGUUGUUGGCUGCACUGAUGUGAAUCCAGCGGCGUCUCAGUGCACACAGGAAACUUCUCACUGUAACAGCCUUCAGCUACAGCCACUUGUCACUGACCUGGUUGAGUGUCUUUUGCCGAGGUUGAAUGGAAAAGUGGAUGUGCUUGUAUUUAAUCCACCGUAUGUCGUCACCCCAUCAGAGGAGGUGGGCAGUCAUGGCAUCGAGGCGUCGUGGGCCGGUGGAAAACGAGGUAGAGAGGUGAUGGACAGAUUCUUUCCCAUCAUUCCACAGCUGUUAUCAGUUCACGGGCUGUUCUACUUGGUAACCGUUUCCGAAAACAACCCAAAGGAGAUCUUGUCUCUUUUAAGAGAAUCUGGACUAAAAGGAGAUGCGUGUUUGUCCCGUCAGGCUGGGCGAGAGAGACUGUCCAUACUGCGAUUCAGUAAACAAUGAUGGUUCCUGAAUACCAGACUCUCAUCAGCACAUAAACACUGUAAAUCACAUGACAAGCGCGUCUGAAUAUACCAUGAGAUCAGAGUCUGACACCCAACACAAUGUUUAAUUCCCGUUAUUUCAUCUGAGCAACUGCAAUUGCACCUGUUCCCAGAUCAUUAUAAUAUGUGACUUAAGGAAAGCAUACACCCUGUUACUGACACAUCCGUAAUUCAGGAACGCAAAUUAAGUCUGGCUUUGUGAUUGAACAAUUUGUAUUGAAGCUCACAAGAAACUAGAUAAGUCAAUGUACAAGUACUGUAAGGUGAAAAUGAGAUUUUGGGGAGGACUGCUAGUUUACAGGCUUUUUAAAUGCCAUGCUGUAAUGUUUUAUGGACAAGAUGCCCAGUCAGUUAAAAAUAGUGACAUUUUUGAUACACAAGGUGGAUAAAAAGAGCCAUCAGAUGAAUCUGUGGGCAGGAUAAACCAAAAAGCACCUUAUGUUCAAUUCCAGUGUGCUUCAUCUAGCUGUUAAGAUUAC